UUCUUGCGCAAUGGGAAAAUCGUUGACAGUAUGAGUAAUAUUGCGUCUUUCCAUCCGAUCUGUUUUCCAACAAUCUCAAUAUGAGUUUUGUCUUAAUAUCGGCGAUUUAAACUGCCGCUGAGGCUUUAAGUGCGCGAUUAACCAGUGCAAGCCGGAGAUAAUAUGAUCAGAAUCUCAAAUACUGUGCAUUGGAGUGUUACAGGGUUGGCAACUGAGAGUCGUGCCGAGAUUAAUGGGGCAAUGCACUUCAAAUAAAUCAAAAGGAAGCUUGAGCAUUAAAAAAAUCCUGUCCCAUAACAAAAAACCGAAAAAAAUGGACAGACACAAGCACUUGAAAGAAUCGAAAAACGAGGAUUAUAAAGUUUACCCGAUGGACGAAAGGAGUGAAACAUCAACGCUGCUGGACUCGAAUCGACAAAAGCCGCAAAAAUGCACCAAAGGGGUGGCGAUGUCGUUCGGGUUCAAGAAAAGAUCCCCGCCUGUGGCCAGCAAUCGACCCGUGGCUUGGGAGCCGGAAAUUACGGAGGUUUCAGAUCCAAAUGGCAACCGGGGCGUUCCAAACUCUGCCCAAAAACCGCGAGUUGCUACUCCCAAACCCUCUAGAUCCAGAUUGUCCCAAGUGCGUCCCAAUAGACCCCCGGACUCUCCUUUUCCUCUACAUUUCUCCCACAGGCCAAGUAGUAGACGCACGUCUCCAAGUCCAGAUGGAGAAGUUGAUCUGAAUAGAACAUUCAGUCGCAACAUCACAGUAGUGACCAGGACUGAAGUGGCCGAAAUAUCGGAAGUUGCCAGACGUGGAGAAACCAGUGAAGGGGCUGUAAUGAGAACGAGUGGAGGUCAAAGAGUUCAGCCUGGCAAGUUUACAUUCCAAACCACGCGUUUGCCACAGCCAGAGCCAAUCAGGGUGAUGGAGACGAAAACGGCAAAAACUAUAGCAAACAACAACACAAAGUCGGCUAGAAUGUGGCGCCAGUAUGAGGAAACGUGCUCAAUGAAGAGUAGCAUUUCGAGUCAAACCCAGCAUGAAAACGCCAGAAGUUCCUUUGAGCUUCCACCAGAAAAACCAUCAUCGGGACAUGAAUAUUUACUGCCAAGCGUUAAUGAGCGGAGCCUUGAGAUCAGUGAUAAUCUUAGUUGCAGUGAAGCGUACACACCGCCUCCUCUUCCAGAGUUACCAUCGGUGUUCAACAUUGAGAAGCAAGACAGCACGCAGAAAGAAAACGAACGACAAGACAACAGACAGCACGAUGGUUUGGAUCUGAACUGUGCCAAGAAGUUUCUUGAACUCAGUCCUUUUCUGAAAUCUUCCGCAAGGCAUUUGCUGGAUAGGGACAGUCCCCAGAGCUCAAGCGAUCAGGAAUGGAUUAAUGGAGGUGAAGCAAUGGCUGAUGAAGUUAGCUUGGCCUUAAGCCCAAAGCGUAAAGUUGAAGACCCGAAAAAAAAACCGGAAGCCGAGACUCACAUUGUCACUCAGACCAUUCUGAAGCCUGAUUGCUCCUUGGAAAUGAUCGACAGCCUGAAAGACAGCAUGCACUUGACCUUAUCAGAAGAGGACCCGAAAUUUGCAGCUGUAGCCAUCAGCAACAAUGCAGCCGCAUUGCUGGAUGACGAAAUUCUAUCGCCCGUGGAAAGUCUUCUGAGUUCAACGGGAAGCGACGAUUUGCUGAAGAAGAACCCGGAGCCUUCUCCGAGCAGUUCUAAAGAAGUGAAUGAAAAAGUCAGCCUAUCGCCACCUGGAUCGCCCAGCAUUGCAACCUACUCCCUAUCGCUGUCCGAAGACAAAGAAGACUUUCUGAUCGAUGAUGAAAUAGCCGAUCAGCCGGAAUUGGUUUUCGAAGAGUGUCGCAGCCUCGAUCUUGGUAACAUGCAACAGUAUAUUCCGGAUUUGGUUGAGAAGGGUUCACUAUCACCAGUUGGCCGCAGAAGAACAUCCUACAGUUCCGAUUUCAGCCCGUUGCCUGUGAGGAACAGGCGAGAGUUCUUGCGAAGUGCCAAUCAAGGGAGCUUCGAGAGCUUGUCGCCCUGUGAGAGCAUUUGCAGUGAAGACUUGAUGAUGGACUAUGAAGCCAGCCUCAUUAACGACGUGGACAAUUGGGACAGAGAAAGCGAAUCGUUCCGCUCGCUGGAAGGAACCCCUCGUUCAAAACGUAAAAACCACGAGCAGAUGUUCAACAACAAAAACGCAUUUAAAAGCUCGACUGCGCGACCUGGAAACUCCCUGAGAAGACCAUUCGGUCGCAUAUCAUCUCCCGAAUGCGGAGGAAGUCCCAAAAGGGGCUAUUUAAACUCCUUGGGAGUUCAGUCAGUGACCUACGACCCUGCUUGCGAGUCUCUGACAUUAACCAGAGCGAACCAUUCAGCCAUCCAACAUGAUAUAAUUGGACUAAAGACGAUGUUGCUGACGUUGCGAAGGGUCUUAAGUGAGUCUGAAGUGCAAAUGCCUCUGACCAGUUCAAUGGAAAACUUGCCAAUGGCUUGCCAAAACAAUAACUACAGCAACGAGUUCCGGCUGGAACUUGCCGAUCUUCGACGGCAAGUGAUUUUCUUGCAAGGCCAGCUGGACGAUAAGGAGAAAACAGUCGCCGAUUUGCAGAAGCAGAUCGACCACUUGGCGAUUGGCAGUACCUUGGAUGAGCCUCCCCUUUCAGAACUAGAUAAUCAAACCACUUGCAACGCAGCAACGCAAACUGAACGGACAAGGCCGACUUCUUCAGGCAUUUUUUCCCUAACUCCAUCGCCCAUAGACGACAACAAUCCAAUACUCAGAUUCUUAGUGCAGUAGAAGUCGGGAAUAGUCGAGUCUGCGAUCCAGCUAGCACCGACUCCCUUCAACCAGCUUCAAUAAAGCAUUACUUUUAGAGAGUUGAAAACUCGACCGUAAACCACUUUAAUCUGUGUAUUAUAUAUCUACUCGACUACUUAAUGUAAGUACUUUGAUUCCAUACUUGAAACAUUCCUUAUUAUAUGUACUUACCUACCUACAAAGAUGUAAGAGUUCUAGUUACAAGUUGUAGAUAUAUUUUAAUGUACAUGUUUGUAUGUUAGAACAAUAACUAGGUUUAGGAAACAGCAUUAUAAUAUCAACAGCACCACUAUCCCAUUAUCUAAAACCUGUUUUAGAAAUACAGCAGUAUUAAUUUGAA